AUGGAGUUGAAGGAGGAAAGGAUGAACCGUCCACAAUCAUCACUUAACGCUUUCAUAUCUGAAGCAAACCGAGUGGACUCUGCAAAGAUAGUGUGCGCUGUGCUCGGUGCCGGCUUUGCUGGCUUGUCCGUGGCGUGGCAUUUGCUAUUCCACAGCCCCAAAGAAUUGAAAGUAAAAGUUGACAUUUUUGAUGAUGUUGGCAUUGCUGGCGGCGCUUCUGGUGUUGCUGGAGGCCUCGUUCACCCCUAUUCCCCUAAAGUGAAGCUUCUAUGGAGGGGUGAAGAAUGCUGGACUGAGUUUUUGAAUCUUCUAAAUGUUGCAGAAGCUGCUGCCACGGCAGCUUCUAGUCCUCACUUUCCACUCAACACUACUGAUUUCAUUGUUCGAAGAACGGGCAUAUUGAGACCAGCUGUUAGUGAAAAGAUUUUGGAUGUCAUGCAUCAAAAUGCUCAAAAUUGUCUAGCAAGUUGUCCAAUACAGGCCGUUGAUGAAGUUGCUGCAAGAGAGCUUAUACCAAAUUUAUCUACGCCUUUGAACAGAGCCUUCUUUAUGCCUAAAGCUGUGAAUGUUAAUCCCCACCACUAUCUUAAGGCACUUUUUCUUGCAAGUGAACAUUUGGCCAAGAGGUUGUCAUCAACAGGUUUCCCUGGCAAGGAAAUAGCUUUGCACAAGAAAGUUGUCACUUCACUAACUGAAGUGGGAGAUGAAUAUGAUGUUGUGAUAGUUUGUCUUGGGGCUAGAGUUGACAUGCUAGCUGACCUGUCUGGAAUGCUUCCUUUAAGGACAUGCAGAGGCAUUGUUGCACACCUGCAGUUGAAUGAUCCCUUGUGGCUGAUACUGUUAACAUCUAUUGAAAGGUUGGGAUCAGAGGCUAUACUGACUACGAUUUUGCCGAGAGUGAUUUUGUGA